UCCUCCAGAUAGAACAAGAUGGCGGAUUCUGAAGACAUUCAGCCUCUCGUAUGUGACAAUGGAACAGGAAUGGUUAAGGCUGGUUUUGCCGGAGAUGAUGCUCCCAGGGCUGUGUUUCCAAGCAUAGUUGGUCGUCCACGUCACACCGGUGUCAUGGUAGGCAUGGGGCAGAAAGAUGCAUACGUUGGAGAUGAGGCUCAGUCUAAGCGUGGUAUUUUAACUCUCAAGUAUCCAAUUGAACAUGGUAUUGUGAAUAACUGGGAUGAUAUGGAGAAAAUUUGGCAUCAUACCUUCUAUAAUGAACUGCGAGUUGCUCCAGAAGAACAUCCUAUUCUCCUUACUGAAGCUCCUCUCAAUCCAAAGGCUAAUAGAGAGAAGAUGACUCAAAUUAUGUUUGAAACAUUCAAUGCACCCGCCAUGUAUGUGGCUAUUCAAGCUGUUCUUUCUCUUUAUGCUAGUGGAAGGACCACUGGUAUUGUUCUUGAUUCUGGUGAUGGUGUAAGCCAUACAGUCCCCAUAUAUGAAGGUUACGCACUUCCCCACGCCAUUCUCCGUCUUGAUCUUGCAGGUCGUGAUCUGACGGACGCCUUAAUGAAGAUUUUGACUGAACGUGGCUACUCAUUCACCACCAGUGCUGAGCGUGAAAUCGUAAGGGACAUGAAGGAGAAGUUAUCUUAUAUUGCACUUGAUUAUGAACAGGAACUUGAAACUAGCAAGACAAGCUCUAGUGUUGAGAAGAGUUACGAGUUACCUGAUGGACAAGUAAUCACAAUAGGGGCAGAGAGGUUUAGGUGUCCUGAAGUGCUUUUCCAGCCAUCUAUGAUAGGAAUGGAAGCUGCUGGCAUUCAUGAAACAACUUACAAUUCCAUAAUGAAGUGCGAUGUGGAUAUUAGGAAGGAUUUGUAUGGGAAUAUAGUGCUUAGUGGUGGAACCACCAUGUUCCCUGGAAUUGCUGAUAGAAUGAGUAAGGAAAUUACUGCUUUAGCUCCGAGUAGCAUGAAAAUCAAAGUUGUUGCCCCGCCUGAAAGAAAGUAUAGUGUUUGGAUUGGCGGUUCCAUCUUAGCAUCACUCAGCACAUUUCAGCAGAUGUGGAUCGCUAAGGCAGAGUAUGACGAGUCGGGUCCUUCAAUUGUGCACAGAAAAUGCUUCUAAUCCACAGAUUGAGAAUCAUCACUUUACUCAAUCUUUUAAGAAGAUUAAAAAGAAAAUCUUGCUAUCCUUUGUUCUUCUCUUUAUGUUGUUCUUUAUUGUUCCAAAAUUUAUUUUAUACACUAUAAUGCCUUUUUGACAGAUGUUUCAUUCAUUUGUAGAAUGGAAUGUUAGCUUCGCUAGUAUAUGGAUGAGAGUUAGACUAGGUAUUUUAUCAAACAAUGUGGAGUCCUUAUAAAAUUGACAAUCCCCCUUCAGCUGUU